CAGAAUCAGCCGCGGCAGUUUUUCCACUGUCUUUAUUCUUAGUUGUUUUUUGAUUUGGUGCUCGUUUUUCAUUUUUUCGGUGCUGCUCAAUUAUUUUGGAGAGACAAUGUAAUAUUUGAAUAAAUAAAAAGUAUCAAUAAAUUGAAAGAACAAGAUCAAGUAAAAGUAAACAAAAAUAACAAUAAAAUUAAAUCCGAGAGUGGGCAGGUGCUGCGAACAAUUGAAAAAGUUCAAUUUUGGCCGCUGGAAAAAGAACGAUUAUUAAAUAAAAAUAACCCAUAAUUGUUUAAAUAUUCUAAACACGAACCGCGUACAACACCCUAGCAAAUAAUGUGCCUAUUGUUUCGACUUUAAAGUAUUUAGUUCCUUGAAAAUUUUAAACAGAAAAAACAGAAAAUGUCUCUGCUCCGAAUAGUGCCAGUCUAGUUUUUUCUUCAAUUUCAUUAGUUUUUUUCUUUUUGCGUUUCAUAUUUAAAUAGCUGCUUAAUUUGCAUAUUUAUGGUUUUUUUAUACAAUACAUUUCAUUUAAAAGUGGUUAACAUAAAUUGUGCAAAAAGUGGAAAUUCACGUAAGCGAUUAUUACAGAGAAUUAUAUCUAAACAUCCCUUUAAACUGGAACUAUAUUCUAAAGCAGCUUAAAUUAUGUGGAAGUGUCAUAAGUGCGGAAAGCCAGUUUAUUUUGCGGAACGUAAGCAGUCGCUAGGUUAUGAUUGGCAUCCCGAAUGUUUGAGAUGUGAGGAAUGCGGAAAACGUCUAAAUCCAGGUCAACAUGCUGAGCAUAAAGGAGUGCCUUAUUGCCAUGUGCCGUGUUAUGGUGCACUAUUUGGACCACAACUUUUUGGACAUGGCACUCGUGUGGAAUCUCAUAAAAGUUAUGGCAUAAAAGGUUCUCAACGGCCUAAUAUAGGUAAUAAUGGACCAACUUUGCCGCGAGAUCAUUUAGAAUCGAAAUUAAAGGUUUAUAAUCAAUUUUAUGACAAUAAAAGUAUGGAAGUGCGCAGCCGUGAAGUCAAUAAUCGGCUGAUAUUAGAAGGAGCAUUGCGGGUUUACUGGGGAGUGCAAGGGGUAAUACAUUUAAAAGAAGACGACGAUCAGCGCACAUUUGUUGUACGAAAACGAAAUUCUUAUCGUAUGUCGAAGAAUAAUGCAGAUGACAUGACAUCAGAUAAAGAAAAUGAUGUGAGUGAGUCAUUUGAUGCGCCAACAACUACUAGCGAAGUAGAUGGUCUUUCCACAGAUAUAUCGUUAUCUGAGAGUAUGACAUUUGAUUCGUGUAGCUUAAAUGAAUAUCCACUUUCCGAAUUGCCAACAACACCCGAAGAAGCCUCAGCGAAUACUACGACAGCAGGUGAUACUGUACCAAAUGGUGUAGCAGUAGAAGUAUCAGAAACAUCAGAAUCUACUCCGACUUUAUGCGGUUCCGAUACGACAUCACUAACUACCGCUUCCACUAGUUGUGUUUCGAACACUUUACCAUCGAAAUUAGAAAAUUUGGAAAAAUUGGACUGGGAUGAUAUCGAUGAAUUACUGCAGGUUGAACGUCGUAUUAAUGAAAAAGAUAAAAUAUAUGAAACGAUGCCAGUAAAAUUACCUUCAUCGUCACAGUCUUCCACUGAUAGUUCGCCAACAAAAACUAAUUCAGCACAAAAUUGUACUGACAGCACUAAUGUCACGAGUGAGGUAGCUUCUUCGGCAACAACUACUACAUCCAGUAUAAAUGAUAACAGCAGCAACACUAAUAGUUCUUCUAGUUCAACUACAACAUCAACAUCAACGUCUUCGGAUAAUUUUUUAACUGCAACAGCUUCUAUGCCUACAGCAACAAAUAAUACAUCGGAUACAACAACUACAACGACUGUUGAUAAUUAUAUGACAUCAGAUGAUGCGACACUUAAACCAAUGGAUUUUGAAGAUUUUAAGCGUAGUGUACAUCAAGAUUAUGUUAAUGGUGCAAAUUCAUUCCAAGAGCCAAAUGAUAAUUCAUUGAAAAAAAAUCAACCCAUUGAUCCAACAAGAAUACAUGAUUCACUUAAGCUUUAUGGUGAAAAUCAAAUGAGUAAAAGUUUUAAUUGUGAGCAUGCUUUGCGUUCUAUAGAUGCCAGCCUAAUUAACGAUACGCUUAAUUUAAAGAGUGGUAAUGACAAUCCACAUUCUGCACAGCGUAUGUAUGCAUUGCAAAAGAGUGGCUCGGCUACAAAUACACACCAUAGUCAACAGCCAAAUUCACCAUAUUAUCAUGGUCGCCAUUUGUUUGAGAAGGGUAUAAAUAGGUCAAAAUCUGGUCCAUCUUGCUUUGAUUAUUCGGACAGUGACGAUGAUGAUUCAACAUUAAAACCACAACGUAUAGCUACUAUACGACGCAGUGAUGUACCACAGCGUUAUAUACAAAUCCAGAUGAAUUGUUACGGUAAAGAAGCUGGAAGUGAAGGUGAAUCAAGCCGUGCUGAUGCUCCUUCAAUUACGAACAGUGGUGCCAUUGCUGGCGAUGAACUCACACAAACCGAGGAGCUUAUUACUGCAAGUAAUGGAUGUGAUGUGGCCGUAAAUGGUAAUAGUAUGGCAGGUGAAGAACAACCAUUACAUAUCACAGAAGACGGCGUGGUAUUACGCCGACCGCCUAGAACAGGUGCUGCUGCUAUUAAACGUAGAAGCGGCAAUCGUAGAUCACGUACGAAAUUGAAGCGCCGCUGUUCUAUUAACGGUCAUUUCUACAAUCGUGAAACUUCAUUUUUCACACCUCCGUACGGUUCUCAAAUGUCUGUAUGGGUGACAUCAUUGGUAACUACACAGGAAGUUAUUAAUUUGGUGCUUGAAAAAUAUAAGGUCGAUAGUCCGGCUGAAAACUUCUCACUUUUUAUUGUACGUGAUAAUGGUGAGCAGAAACGUUUGAAAGAAUUGGAGUAUCCUUUAAUAACACGUGUCAUGUUGGGUCCACAUGAAGAUGUGGCGCGUCUAUUUCUUGUAGAUGCCAGAAAAACUGAUGAAAUCAGUAAUGAAGUUGCUCAAUUUUUAAAUUUAUCACUACCAGAAUGUCGUGCAAUUUUAGAACGUUACGAUCAGGAAUUAGAUCGUGAAGUUACCAAAGUUAAAGAAAAAUAUGCAGAAUUAAGUCGCCGUAUUGUCGGACGUAUGGAAUCUCUUAAAGUUCAUUUAUAAAUUAAAUAUUUAGUAUAAUUAAUCUCUACAAGUUGGACUCAAAUAAGUUAGUUUUGAACUAUUUUUUAGUUGAUUAUGUGCUGUUGCAAGUGUGUAUUAAAGUAACCAAUGCGUACCGGAUUUAUUUCGAACUUAAGAAUUAUGAGUCUGCUUCAAGUACAGCAAAAACUUACAAAUUUGAAACAUAAUUAUUUAAUAUUUACAUUUAAUCCCGAUUAUAUUUUGGAAAAUUUCAAUAUUCUGUGUAAGUUUUUCCACUACCCCAUAUUCCAUUUUCGCGUCUACUGGUUGUUGAUUAUAAAUUUGAGUGUUCAAAAAAAAUGUGCUGAGCACAGUUUACUGUAAUUAAUGCAAAAAUUUUAUAACUUUAAAGCGCGAUAUUUCAGAAAACAAGCUAGUCUGCAUAUAGCGUAGUGAAAAAAGUUCGCUAAAUAUUAAAAUUUACUGAAAUUUCUUUUCAAAUCGAAAUCUCCACAAUUGUUUUUAUUUUUAAAAACAUUUUUUCUAUUCAUAGUUAGUAUUUAUAUUUUUUAAAAAUUGUUAAAUGGUAUAAUAUGCUCCUGAUAAUCCAAACACUCAAUAUUCUGAUUAUCGCGGUAAUGUGUCAUCGCACUUAUGUUCACUAUAAUACUAUAAUCCGAGAAAAAAAAAACAGUAUAGAAAUAAUCAAAUUUCUACUUUAGCUUUAUAAACGCUAUAUAAACGUUUUGAAAAUGCAUUUUCUUAAACUCAUGUAUUAAUUUAUUAUAUUAAUAGUGAAAAAAAAUCUUUCGGUUAUCUGGACCAAACUUGAAACAUGAUUUUCUGGACUAUCAGGAAUAUACUAUAUCUAAUUUUUAAAAUU